CACAUGCUUCUUCCCAAGCUCCCCCACCUCCUGCUUCCUUCCUUCCUUGGCCGUCUAUAUAAAGCCUGCCCAUUCCUCUCCCGCCCAAUCCAUCACACGCACCGCAUACUCUUCUCUUCUCUUGUCUUCUCUUCUCCGCACAGCAGCACUCCGCCUCCAUCUCAAUUCUCAAGCAAACCAAACCAAACCAAAAUCUUCUUGGCGUCGCUAGCUUCAUCUGCAGGAGGCGGGGAGGCGGACGAUUAGAACUCAUGGAUAUGGCGCACGAGAGGGACUCGAGCAGCGAGGAGGAGGUGAUGGCCGGCGACCUCCGCCGCGGGCCGUGGACGGUGGAGGAGGACAUCCUGCUCGUCAACUACAUCGCCGCGCACGGCGAGGGCCGCUGGAACUCGCUCGCCCGAUCAGCAGGUCUGAAGCGCACCGGCAAGAGCUGCCGGCUGAGGUGGCUCAACUACCUCCGCCCCGACCUCCGGCGCGGCAGCAUCACUCCGCAGGAGCAGCUGCUCAUCCUCGAGCUGCACUCGCGGUGGGGCAACCGCUGGUCCAAGAUCGCGCAGCACCUCCCGGGCCGCACCGACAACGAGAUCAAGAACUACUGGCGCACGCGCGUGCAGAAGCACGCCAAGCAGCUCAAGUGCGACGUCAACAGCCAGCAGUUCAAGGACGUGAUGCGCUACCUCUGGAUGCCCCGCCUCGUCGAGCGCAUCCAGGCCGCCUCCGACGCCGCCGCCGCUCACACGCCCUUGUCGUGGCAGCAGCACCACGACGCUCUCUACGACUCACCGGAACUCCCUGUCGACGCGUGCUGGCCAGCGGAGUUGGCCGCUCCCAUCACCUCCUCGGUCGCGGAGCUGUCCAGCACUACUACCGGCACCGCCGGCUCUUCCUCGCCGUCCACCACGGACUCUGGCGCCGGCGCCCAGCCCGGCUGGCCUGCAGCGGCUGACGGUGCCGAGUGGUUCACCACCGCCUGCGACGCCUCCAGCGCCGCCGCCGCCGCCGCCGCCAUGUGCGACACGGACCAGCUGAUCCAGCAGCAGCAGUCCCAGCUGGCUGGAGCGUGGACGUCCGAGCCACUGCCGAGCCUGGGGUUCCCCGAGCUGGGCGUCGCCGACUUGGACAUGGGCAGCUUCGACGUCGACAGCAUCUGGAGCAUGGACGACUUGUGGUACACGCAGCCGCAGUUCGUGUGAAAAGUCAAUACGGUGGCAUGGAAAUCCACAGCUGCAUGCGACGGUGCCGCGCGGGGCCUGGCUCCGGGAACGCAUGUCAGCAGAUCCAGCGGACAGAAACGGAUUAGAAGAAGGACCUGGGACGGAGGCAGGAUUAAAACAAGACUAAUUUACCCUGCACGUGAUCGUGAUCGUGAUCGUCAAGGGAAGAUGCCUGUUCCUCCCGGCCCCUUCUGCUCCAGUUCUGGGCCGUCUUCUCUCCUGUGUUAAUUUAAUUAUUAUUACUACAAGGGUAAAGAGAUAAAAAAGAAAUGUAGCAGAAGCAGAUGAUCUAGUGUUAGCUGUGCCGCCGUUAAUCAUGCCAUGUUCCGUUUAAUUUUACUCAUUCUUUUCGAGUAAUUAUUACUAUAUCCCUGGUAGUAUGUACUAUACUCCAUAGUACUAGUACAGUAUAAAAGGAGGAAGCAUAUGAAGUGAACUGUUGAUAGGAAUUGUAGUACUACUAUUUUCUAGAAGUGGUAAUAAAAGCAAUGCUCCGACGUCAAGUCAUGGUUAAA